ACCAGCCGUCAGUCGAGUACGAACGGGGAUAUCGACAUCACACGCGACUAGACAACGGACAUCGUCGCUUCCCAGACGUUUUGAGGGCUCUGGCGGUGUGGUAGACUGUGGUUAUAAUAGGCAAAUAAUUCAUGAUGUUAUUUUUAUGUUCGGAUAUUCCAAUAAUAUCGCGACGCGUGGAGAAUAAAUAGCAUGCAACUUUAAAAAUAAAGUGGAAGUACCGUAAUAACAACAACAACAAACAGGCGGUGUGAUAUUAAUAGUGCGAAUGUUUUGAAACAUAAGAAGGUGGAUUUAAAUAGUAGCAAGUCGGUCGAAAAGAGGUGUGUUUUGGGGUUCAUAUUUUUAUAUCGACGCUUGUGUGACGUACCUACGAUAAUUGUACCUUGCGUUAGGCCGUGCUGAGUGAGGUUGGUUUGACGUACGAUGCGGUAGAUCGAUGAAAAAUCGUGAUUUGCUUCUACUGACAGCAAAGUGUGAUUGAACGGAAAUUGCUAAAACAGUUCAUAACCAAACGGAAGGAAAGCAUGGUAAAAGAAAAGGUAGAACGAGAGUGAGAGUUUUUGUUCUGACUAGCAGCAAAAAGGAUAGCACAGCUCCAAUACCUGAGAUAAGUGAAAUUUUCGCCAGCGUGUGUGUGUUUUUGUGUCUGUGUGUAUCUGCGUGCGGCUUCAGUUUGCUUUCUGGUGGAAAAACGACUGUGUACCACGGGGGAAAGAAAUCUUUUUCCCUGAAAUCUGAUUUUCUUUCAAAAGAAUAAAGUGUACUCAGCAGUAAACGUGAUAAUAUUGAAUUAUCCUUUAACCUUCCUCUCGUGUCAAGGAAGGUUAGGCACUCGAUAGAGAGAAGCUUUUCGCAGUUCCAUCAAACGCGUCGUCAUCGUCGGGUCGGUUGUUAUUGUCGGUGUGACUCCGAAACUGAGUGGGUGGUGGAAAAUACCCACAUUUUUGUGCCUGGCUCGUGCGGAGAGCGUGUGUAAGUGCGGUCGAUCGAAUCCUUCGAGCAGCGGCGACGGCGUUUCCGUCGUAGCAGCGAGCACGAAAUCGCUUCUUCAGCAGCAGGAUUUAUCCGACGAUUAAACCGAUCGCUGGGCAUGAUGCCAUUAUCUGGAAAAGCUCGCGACAUCAUCCUCUUCCGAGUGCGUCAAGUGGAUUACCAUCGAGUUGCAUAAUCUGUCGAAUGUCAGAUUGGUAAAUGAGACUAUCGUCCUUUCGGCUGGUGUUGCAGAAGCAGGUACGGAGUCAGUGACGACGGCGGAGUUCCUCUUUCGUCCUAGAACCGAGCGCGAGGCGGGAAGAGUUGAGCUUUUUGCUGUGCGGUGCGCGCGCUGGGAGAAGAGGAAUUAGUGGCCGGAAAAGGGACUGUGUUGUAAUAGUCGUGCAUUUAAGGUGCGGAAGCACCUUUUUCCGUCAAAGAGCAAAGAGUGAGGUCGUAAACAGAACGUGCCAAAGGAAAGGCGCGCGCGAAAAAAAAGGAAAAAAUUAUUGAGUGCUAUUUAUUGCCGGGUCCUAAACCGGCCGGUACGGUUUUGAAAUAGUGCAGUGGUGACAUUUUUGUUUCGGUUUUUUUUCUGGUUUUCCACUCACUUCUGGAACAGCGUGACGUGACGUGACGCAGAGAUAGCUGAAGCAGGGCUCCACUACGGGCAGGCAAUCGAUAGCCAGUAAAACUGGAGAACGUAAAUUAGCAAAUUGGUUAACACGUGGCAGGCAGGUUGAGCGGAGAAGAAGAUGGGCAGGAAAAAGAUACAGAUCUCACGAAUAACGGACGAGCGGAACCGGCAGGUGACGUUCAACAAGCGGAAGUUCGGUGUGAUGAAGAAAGCGUACGAGCUGUCGGUGCUGUGUGACUGCGAAAUCGCCUUAAUCAUCUUCAGCAGCAGCAACAAGCUGUACCAGUACGCGAGCACCGACAUGGACAAGGUCCUGCUGAAGUACACCGAGUAUAACGAACCGCACGAGUCGCUGACGAACAAGAACAUUAUCGAGUUACAGGUAAACGCGCAGAAGGAGAACAAAAAUGGAACAAUGUCGCCUGACUCGCCGGAACCGGACGACAGCUACACACUAACGCCCCGCACCGAAGCCAAGUACAACAAGAUCGACGAGGACUUUCAAAUUAUGAUGCAACGCAACCAGCAGCUGUCCGCCAGUGGUCGCGUCAAUAUGGGCAACAAUAGCUACUCGUUGCCGGUGUCGGUACCGGUGAUUGGAACCUACAACGAUUCCAGUAUGCUGCAGAGUAGUCCACAGAUGGCACACAAUAGUAUUAGUCCCCGGCCUUCCAGUUCCGAGACGGAUUCAGUUUACCCAUCCGCUGGUCUGUUGGAAAUGUCAAAUGGAUACCCGCACUCGGCGUCGCCCCUCGGAGGUUCACCUAGUCCCGGGCCCAGUCCAGGUAUUGGCACGCACCAGCAUAACAAUAGUUCCCAUAACCAUAACCAUAACAAACUGCAACAUCAAUCGAUGAAACAAAACUCUCCGGGAAGUUCCAGUGCGCGUUCAUCAAACCUCCGGGUGGUAAUACCAACGCCAAUGAAUCCAACCAUCAACACCGACGAUAUUUCUUAUGUAGAGCAACACGCACGGCAACAAGGCGGCAAUCUGAACACUCCAGUGGUGGCACUGCAAACGCCGAUACCCGGUUUGUCCAACUACACCACGACACUGGGUUCGUUCGGGGCGCAAGAUUUCUCGAUCAAUUCCGACCUGAGUAUGAUCGCAUGGGGUGCGGCUGCGACAAAUGCCCACGCGCAGAAUGCCAUGAACUCGUUGGGGCAACACUCGAGAAUCUUUUUCAGUAGCGGUCUACCCCAUCUAGCCGUGUCGAACAGUACUCCCCCGCCGUCCACUUCGCCGCUGUCGGUGAAAAUCAAGGCGGAACCGAUAUCACCUCCCCGCGAUCACCAUGCGUCGUCCCACCAUCACAAUAAUCUGAGCGGUGCCGGCGGCGGUGGUGGAGGAGGUGGUGGUGGAGGUGGAGGCAAUGGGCAGAACAACAGCAACAGCAACAACCAUCAGCUGGCGGUGACGUCGAUGGCGUCCGUUGGCCACAGUAAUUCGUCCGUAUCGCUCGGCAGCAGUUUGAACCAUUCGCACCUGAUACAUUCGAGGCCUUCAUCGACGGGGCAUCUGACGCCGACUCCAGGUUCCCCUCUGUUCGCAGGUUCCGUCACACCCACCAACGCGCCGUCGCCAGUCGACAUCCGGCACAUCACCGUCGGCGGCGGUGGCGGCCAUCUGCCCGAUUACGACUCGCCGGUGUCCUCGAACGCGCAUAAAAGACCAAGAAUAUCCGAGGGUUGGGCCACAUAGCCCUCAAAGGGUGGCGGUGCCCAACAACAACAGCAGCAGCAGCAGCAGCAGCAGUGUUUCCUCGACGACAACUCGAACCAGAUCCAGCUGAGUAGUGGCAGCGGUGAGAAUGAAUUUGUCCGGAAGCUACAACAACAACAACAACAACAACAACAGCAGCAGCAGCAACAGCAGCAGCAACAACAUCAACAGCAGCAGCAACAACAGCGAGCAUCGUCCUCGCAGCAUCUCCAUCCGUUCUAUCAAAGUGCGUGUGUGAAUAGUAACAGUAAUAGUAACCACAGCAGCAUCGGCGGCUACCCCAGUCAGUCGACCUCUCCGUACAACAAUAACAGUAACAACGGUGGCGGCCAGUUAGGCGGCCAUCAUCAUUCCCCGUCUCCGGUUGGAUUUGCCGGGAUGGGAGGAAUGCAUCAACAACAACAGCAGCAGCAGCAACAACAACAACACUACUGAGUGUAAAAAAGACAUUCAGUAUUUGUACAUUGGUGAAAACCAAACAAGAAAUUAUGCACUGAAAGCUCACAGGUUGCAGCGGAUGACAUCAUCUUAACUUAUUCUGAUAAAUGUACAUAACCGACAGCGAUUCAGAGGAAAGCCCUUUUUUGUUUAAGUCCAACAGUUAAGUUUAAUCUUAAGUUAAUUUCAUUUUUCUUUCUGGUAAGUGCAAUAAUAUGUUAAACAACAUAACUAAAUAACGAGACGGUUUAAAGUGUAACUUUUCGCGAGGAGGUUAGUCAUUUCUUUUGUCCCUGUCAUUCGUCGUCAGCAGGAUUACGAACAGAAACUGUGGGUGUGUGUAAACGAUUGGAAACGAUUGAAAGAAGGUGUAUUGUGUGAAAUACUACUGGAUUAGUAUAUCGGAUUUAGUGAGCGAUGGUUAAUCAACCAUUACUAUGUAGUCAAAAUGCAAAUUGGUAUAAUCGGCGUAGCAAAUGUAACUGAUCAGAGAUGUUAGAUUACGGAACUGUAACUGUUGGAAGUAUUUUAGCACACCCUGAAACACGGCACAGUGCAGAGGAAUAUUUUGUACUAUGUUCAAAUACAUGUGCGAUGUGUUUGAUGUGAAAUCACGUGUGAAUGUUGUUUGCCGGAAAAUGCAGGUGAAAAAAGAUCCUGCACGUGUUACUUGUUAAAAAAAAUCAUAGUGAACCAAGAGCUAAAAAUAAAACAAAUCGGUUACCGAUUCUAGAACGUCGUCGAAGCAGAGAUUAGAAGGGCGUGACAGAGAUAGCCAUUAUUUACAGUCAAUUUAUUCGCCUACUAAGUGGGCUAGCUAGCAGCUGGUGCAACAAUCAUGGAUUAAUUGAGAAUCCGCUGACGGAACAAAAUGAACAACAUAAAAAAUCGGAUUUCAACAAAGGCCAGCAAGUAUCUGCAGAGGGAAGGGGACACAGACUAGAAUUGGGUGAUUGAUGUGAUUGUGUUUUUAUGCGUUUAUUUUUUUGCGCGUGGACCUCUAUGAAGGACAACUUUCCAUUAUUCAGUAAAAUGUUUACCAACAUUUGCUUACAUUUUCCACCCGCAGUUUUGCGUACUUGACUGGUAAACUUAUGUUGCCAGGUUGUCCCCAUUCAACGCGAAAUAUACAACCACAGCCAAUCGACCUUAAGACCUACGGGGGAGCAAUUUACGAAGAAAAAUGAUACUCAUUACCUUAAAGCACAGAAGUAAAAUGAACCACAGCACAGGCACCCCGUAGUGAAGAUUACUCACCGAUCGUUUGUCCCCCCCGUAUCUGUAGAUGGCAAACACAAAUGAAGAACGAUACAUUAAUCGAAAUACUUUGAGGAAACAUAUCAUCGGAUGAGAGACGCGAGUUUUCUUUUGAAAUGUUGAUGCUCUUAGAAAUGGCCAUUGAUUGCUCGAACUAAACGUAGACCGCGGCAGUGCUCGACAGUAGCGUCAAACAUCUUACUUAGAUACCGGAUGUUGUACUGUAAGCAAACCAGUAAUAAUGCGAGAAUAAAAUAAUCACAGAACCAGGACGAAGAAAUAAAAAACUAAGUAAAACAUAGUUUGUGUGCCAUUAUUAGGAUUACUUUCAAAAAGAAAAAAAAAUGUAUAUUUUAAAUAAAGAAAACAAGAGAAGUGGAAGAAUAUUGCAAAAUUAAAUUUAUGAAGGAUUAUAUUUUUCCAUUUUACGUUGAACUCUUAUUACUACUACUACUACUACAACUACUACUGCUACUUGAACUUUUACUACAAGUACUCACAUUGAAACGGCAUUGGAUCCUCUGUUUCAGAAGAUAAAUUAGCAAACGUAUUAAUCAAUCAAUACAGAAUACUUCACACUUUUUGUCGAUUUGAUCGUUUUCCAAUGGUUUUUGUUUACUAGUUUUGUUUAUGUUCUAUUAGUACAGCUAGCCGUAGUGAAAGUAAAGGAAAAUGUAGCGGCGUUCUUAUUUGUUAUAGUGUGAUGAGCAGCAGGCGUGUACACGUGAAAAUGUAGCAAAUAAAACAAGAAGAAAAAAAAAAACACAAAACAAUAUGAUAUUUAUUUUUAACGAGAUCCUCUUUUUUGCGUUUGUUUGAAAAGUAAAAUAAAAUGCUGCUAGAUGAUAGAGGCGCAAAAGAAACUAUAUAAAAACUAAAAAAGUGUAAAUUAUUCAUAACGCAGACGGUUUAGCAAUUGACAGGCCAAAACAGUAGGGUUGCGCUGAGAUGAGCGGAAACCCCCUUGAAUUCAGAUUGAGGACAAGAAACAGAACAUAAAAUAUGUUUGAUUAUGAUUUUCUGUUAGUCGAUUAGAGUUGUCUCUUAGCUUAAAUUUCCUUUUUUUCCAGUCAUAGGAUUAGCGAUGAUUAUUUUGAAAUAAAAACAAAAUGACCUUUACAAUGAGA